AUGCUGCACGCCGAGGGGCACGCUCUCCUGCGGGCAGUGGGGCAGGGGAAGCUGCGCUUGACUCGGUUGCUCUUAGAGGGAGGUGCUUACGUGAAUGAGGGCGACGCGCAGGGGGAGACUGCGCUGAUGGCUGCCUGUCGGGCCCGCUACGACGACCCCGAGAGCCGGGCCCGCAUGGUACGCUACCUCCUGGAGCAGGGCGCUGACCCCAACAUAGCUGAUCGACUGGGGCGCACGGCUCUCAUGCACGCCUGCGCCGGAGGUGGAGGAGCUGCAGUAGCUACCCUUCUCCUGGCCCACGGCGCGGACCCGUCGGCCCGCGACCACGCUGGCGCCUCAGCUCUAGUCCACGCGUUGGACCGCGGUGAUCGCGAGACCCUCUCAGCUUUGCUGGAAGCCUGCAAAGCCAAGGGCACAGAAGUCAUCAUCAUUACUACGGACACUUCGCCCUCGGGCACCAAGAAGACCCGGCAGUAUCUCAAUUCUCCUCCCUCCCCGGGGGUCGAAGACCCGCCUGCCCCAGUCCCAACCCCAGGGGUUUGCAUGUCGCCUUCGGAAAUCCAACUGCAGACUGGAGGGGGAGGAAAAGGAGUGCUGUCUCCCCGGGCCCAAGAGGAGGAGGAGAAGCGAGACGUGUUCGAAUUCCCCCUCCUUAAGCCCCCAGACGACCCCGCUUCUUCUGAGCCCCUCCCCAAACCACCCCGCCACCCGCCACCUAAACCACUCAAGAGGCUCAAUUCCGAGCCUUGGGGGCUAGUCGCCCCUCCUCAACCGCUCCCGCCGGCCGAGGGGCGACCGGGGACUGACCGAUUGAUUGCCGAAUUUAACGGCCUGGCGCUGACAAGUCGACCUCGGCUCUCUCGGCGCCACAGCACCGAGGGGCCUGAGGAACCACCCCCGUGGGCUGAAAAAGUGACAGGUGGAGGGGCCCUUUCCCGGCGCAAUACGGCGCCGGAGGCCCAGGAAUCGGCUCCCCUGCCCGGGCUGAAGCAGAAGCUGAGCCGCAUGGAGCCGGUGGAGCUAGACGGCCCCAGUCACCUAUGCACUGAUUCUCCGGACUCCAGUCGCUUGUCUCAUGAGCGCCGCUGGUACAACGCUUCCCCACUGACCCUCCCUCCGGCCAGUUCAGUUACUUCACCUGGGCAGUCUCAAGAGAGCCUUCCCGGGGCUGUGUCUCCUUUGAGUGGACGGAGACGGAGUCCUGGGCUGCUGGAACGGAGGGGCUCUGGGACGUUGCUCCUGGACCACAUCUCCCAUACCCGGCCAGGCUUCCUGCCGCCACUCAAUGUCAGUCCCCACCCUCCCAUCCCAGACAUUCGACCUCUGCCAGGGUGUCGGGCCCCAUCCCUCCCUGCUCCGCAUCAUUCCGGGGGCCUUGGGUCUCCCAGGGCCAAGAGGAAAUUAGUGAGACGUCACUCCAUGCAGACAGAGCAGAUAAGACAGCUAGGGGGGUUCCAGAGUCUAGGGGGACCAGGAGAACAAGGGCGUUGAGGGGGUAAGAGGAGCUCGGAAUGGUGUGGACAAGGCUAUGGCAGGGCAGGUGAGGUCACCAGCUCACAUACACCAUGCACACACGCUAGAGGCCUCUUGUGUUUUGCUCAUAGGCACUGUAUAGUGCACUCUGCAGAGAUGCACAUAUUCACGGGCACAGAGCACUUUACCUGAAAGGUCACCAGGCUUCUCACAUGUACUGGGCAGCCACGAACAUAUAGGGGUCAUGUGUGUGGCUGAUGCACCCGUGCACUUGCAUGUGGGAUCAUCCUGAGCUCACAGGCACUAUGCACUUGCAUGCACCAUGAGGUCAAAAGUGCUCAUUGGUGCAUGGGCCCCCAAAUAUACUUGCACUUGUUCACAGGCAGUGAGAUUACCUGCUAAUGACUAGUGCCUAACCUAACACCCCUCCUCCACCCCCCCCCCAAAUCUCCACCAAUCCCUUACCUUCUUGUGCUUGCAAUUAUUUAUUUCUAUUUAUUAGGUACAGUGGCACAUGCCCUAUAAUGCAUUAUUUAUACAUCCAAUUCCAGUGGAAAUGUCUUGACUCUUUUGGGAUCCCCCUUAACCCACCUACUAGACUGGGUUCUCUGAUCCUCUGUUCUCCCUCCCCAAUUUCCCUACCCCACAGAACUCGAGAAAAUGUUGCUUUCCAGGCCCUGAGUUCCCCUUCUGAGAAGGAACCUCUUGCUGCACCCAGCUCUGCUGCUCCCCUCACUGCUCCCUCCACUCUUCCCUCCUUUCCUCCAACAGACCAGAGACUUCCUUACCCCAAAUCAAUUCAUUAUAUCAGGUUGUCUUGUCUUCCCAGGAGAAGUGGGGCAUGCAGUCCAAACUGCACUUUCAUGUGAGCUUCUGUCCCCCCAAGGCUGAGGAGG